CGAUAAUUGUACAGUCGGAAGAUCAGUGGAAAAUCUGAGUGCAGUCAGUGCUGAGUGUGACCAAGCCAAAACCAAAGCUAUUUUAAGGUUUCAAUAUAAGUCUGACUGUGAGGUGAACAAUCUCCAAUAAUGUUGUCCAGAAGUCAAAUGUCACACACGCGCCUGGAGCACAUGUGUAAACUGGAGAUUGACCAGCCUGGACACCAAGCCAGACUCACCAGUAUCAUCGGAACUAUAGGUCUAGCUUGCGAUUCUGUAGAAACUCUGCGGGAAAUGAUGAAGGCAGGCAUGACAAUUUGUCGUCUGAAUCUAGCAUAUAGAACACAUGAGUACUUCAAUGGAGUUGUAAAGAAGAUUCGAGAGGCAGAGGCAAGUCUGGAGAUCCCCAUCCAAGUAGGAAUUGGUAUUGACAUUACUGGUACAGGAAUAAGAGUUGGCUCACUUGUAAAGGAAGUAGGUCUUGAUCAGGAGUUAAAACUGAAAACUGGUGAUAAAAUGAGAUUUUCCAUUGAUGAGCAAUACCGUGACAAUGGAAACGAGAGUGUCAUGUUUAUCGAUGCAGCUUUGGUGUUCUCUCAAAUCAAAACUGGCAGCACAGUGAUCAUUGAGGAUGGUCCUCUCACUUUCGUCAUCAAAGAGAAAGGUGAGGAUUAUGUGGAUUGCGAGGUGGAGGAACCAGGAGAUUUGGGAAGUCACAUGAUGUGGACAAUCCCUAAUAUGGUCAUGAGAGAGGCGGAGCUGUCGGAGAAAGACAAAAAAGAUCUGCAGUUUGCCGUCGAUCACGAUCUGGACAUGGUAUUUGCUUCAUGGAUUUGUAGCCCUGAAAUGGUGGAAGAAGUGAGAAAGUUUUUGAAGGCGAGAUCUAAAUCAAUGAAGAUCCUGGCAAAAAUUGAGACCCAAACAGCGAUUAGAAGAGUUGAUGAGAUUAUGGCGGUAGCAGAUGGACUCUAUCUAGCUCGAGGCAAUCUGGGCAUCCAUAUUUCACCAGAAAAAGUCUUUCUGGCCCAGAAAAUGUUGAUUGGAAAAGCCAACAAAGCUGGGAAACCAGUGAUAUGUGCCACUCAGAUGUUAGGAAGCAUGAUGCAUAAUGCACGUGCCACACGAGCAGAAGUUGCUGAUGUUGCCAACGCAAUCUUGGAUGGAGCAGACUGUGUCAUGUUGUCAAGGGAAACGGCAAGAGGAAAGUACCCAUUGAGAAGCAUGCAAACAAUGAGUGCGGUUUGCACAGAGGCGGAGGCAGCCAUUUUUAAUGAGGAUUUGUUUUAUGCUCUGAGGCAAAAAGUUGGAGUGACUGACAACACACACACUACCGCUAUAGCAGCGGUGGAGGCGGCCCACAAAUGUCACGCCAAGGCCAUUAUGGUGGUAACUGUUAGUGGGAGGUCUGCAGCCCUGAUUUCCAAGUACCGGCCUGAUUGUGUGAUUGUAGCUAUCACCAGAUCAAAGCAUACAGCCAAAUCCCUGCAGCUCCACAGGGGGGUGUUCCCAGUUCUGCACACAGAUUCGAAAGAUCAAGUGUGGGCAGAUGAUGUGGAUGCCCGCCUUCACCACGGGAUAUCGAUAGCGCGGCGUAUUGGAUAUAUCAACAGCGGCGACAUGAUCGUCCUGGUGACAGGAUGGACCUCGGGGGUGGGGUCCACGAACACAAUCCGCGUGGUCACCUGUCCCUCCACCUCUAUCCCCUCCUACACCAGGAUAGAGGUGGACACCGCGUCCGAUGAAAGGGUCCGCUUUGAGUAACCUAAUAUUCACACAAUGUGUGUUAGACUAUAAGUGUUUUAUUUGUUGAUAUUUAAGGAGGUUGGAUGGUCAACAAAUUUCAUAUAUAUUACUAAGCUUUUAUAUUUGAAUAUUUUUCCUGUAUCUUUAUACAGAACUCUUCAUCUAAAGAAAAAUAAAUACAGUCUAAAAAUGGCCACAACCAUCCAGCCCUCUUAAUGAAGGACUUAUGAUAAAACUGUAUAGCCUUUACUCGAAAAGUAUAUUACUAGUUUUCUUUUUGAUUCGUUUUGUUUAUUUUUAUUAGUUACUUUUUUAUUUUCAACCUAUUUGUUUUGUUGAAGCUAGCUGUCUUCCUGAAUUGAUUUGAGAAGAAAUUGUUCAAGAAAGAUAACUAUUGCUUUUUGAUAUAUUGAAUACAUUUGGUCAAAAUAUAUAACCAAAGAUGUUUAGUACAUAUACGCAUAAUGUUUGUAAAUCAAAAUUGAGAUUUUAAUUUGACAUGAAUACUUUUGCUGUGAUUUUACUAAUUUUUUUUUGCCAUGUGUUUUUUUAUUAUUUAUUUCUUUAGUGCCAUGUAUAUACCGGUCUAUUGUCAACUCUUUGCCAUUUUGAUUACAGCAAGUACACAGUCCUAAUCUAUUAUGGGUUUACUGUUUUUCUUGAAUUAAUAUUGUAUGAUGCAGUUGGGUUUUUUUUGUUUACACUCACAUUUUUUUAAUUAACAUUUUUUUAAACUAUUUUUUGGGGGGAGUUGGUGGGAUAGAGGUAGAAUUGGUAGCCGUUAUUUGAUAAUUGUAUCGAUCCGUUUUAUCUUGACUACUUCUCAUAUAAUCAUAUGUUUAUGAAUAAUUAUGUAUGUAUUAUUAUAUUUAUCAGUGAAAUUAAGAAAAAGUCAAAGGAGUGUUCAUGACUGUAUUUGAUUCAUUCACUAUCUCUUCCAUUUAAUAUCUCAGUUUUAUAAUUGUUUUGGAUUUUUGAUUUUUUUUUUUAUAAGAGAUUGUUGAUUUAUAAACUAGUUAUGUCUUUCUCCUUUUAAUCAAAUAACAAGUUUUAUUUUUUAGCCAAGUUUGUUUCAAAAUCAUUACAUUAUUCAUAUCCAUGCAUAAUUAAUAAUUGCUUUUGUUUACAUACAUGAACGUGACUUGUAUAAGUGUGUAUAAUGCUAUCAACUAACUACAGUGUAGUACAAUGUACUUUGUAUUUUCUCUAUAAAUAAUGAGUGUGCAUUUUCAUGUACAGGUAUCUUUCUGGUAUUUAAAUGUUUAAAUGUGUUUUGAUACACAUACAUUUAUAGUGAUUAUAUGCAAUACAUGUAUACCUGUUGUCUGUGUUAAUUGAGGACAUUUUAUAUGUUAUUUUAAAGAAGGGUGUUAUUAUUUUAACAUUAUAAUUAAUAUGGAACUUAUCUGAAGGCAUAAUAUUGAAGAUUUUUGGGGGAAAAAGGGAUUUUUUCCAGAUUGUCAAUUUAUCACAUACAUGUAAUUCAUUUUACAUAUGCUAGUAUAAUACUACGUGUAGUAACUUAACUACUGCCAAGUGUUGUGUUAAAGAAAGAAGGUGCUAUAAAUUUAUCAAGUAUGUAACUUUAUAUACAAACAGUAUAUUUGAUAAUGUUUUGAGUUGAAAUCCACAAUUUCACUUUUCAGUAAAUAUUGCACCAAAACCUACGCACUCUUGUAAAACCAAAAACAUUUUUAAUUUAUAAUAUUAUAUAAGAUUAUUGUAUUGAUGAACAUUCCCAUUUAAAAAGUUGAUGGACACAAUAUACAAUGUACAUGUGUAUUAAUUGAAAGUGAUAGCAGUUGGGUGACCUAUGGAUGGGAUGGACAGGUACUCAACUUAAAGUAAUACCAGAAGAUAUACUUUGACCUAGCUAUUGCUACCUAUAAGUGCUAUGAGAGAUUAACAUUUGAUGAUUAAAUCAUUUGCACAACUUGAUAAAUUGUAAAUACAAAUCUAAUGAUUUUAAAUUUAUUUUUGGAGUGUUACAACUGCAUGUACAUGUUGCUUGAUAAGAUUUGUGCAUUUGAAAGCUUUUAUCUAGUAUGUCAUUGAAAUCUUUUGUUGUGAAAACAAACUUUAUUAAUAUGCUGUAAAACACGCUUAUAAGGAAGUGCCAGGGAAGGGCUAUUUUGUUUUAUUAUAAGCAUUAUAAUUUGUUAUUAUAACAAGUUUACAACAUGUAAUUAAGUCACGGGGAACGAAUAUCAUUUCACUGUUAACACCAAUUCAUUAUAAGCAUGUUCGCUAUAACCGUGUUUUACUGUAAUGCUUUUUGGAUUGAUUUUAUUUUAUUUGUAUGAGAAGUGCAUUGAUACCAUGUUAAGGCUGUCCACAGUUAAUUCCACAUUUUAAGCUUUUUAGAAAUACAAAUCCUACUAAGGCAGAAAAUAAACAAACUUUUCAAACAGUGAUUUUUUGCGUUUACAAAUACAUACUAUAAAUGGACAAUUUUGAAUUUUUCAAAUUUUUAUUGUCAAUCAUAAAAAUUACUUGAACAGCCUGGUGAAAAAUGCAUACUUUGACAUUUAUCCCUCCGUGAGGAAAAGACUUUGGAAUUUAUAAUAACAUGUUUGUAGAUAUACAUGUAUGAAGAUGUAAUUGCACUAUUUAAGUCGUGUUCUGUUCAUAUAGUGAUAAAUGCAUAAUAAUAAAUACAUCACUAUGAUUGUAGUGGA